CCCAUGACGACAGCACGAAAGCUACUGAAGAAGCCCUCUCCCACAACACUCCCCUCCCUCCUCCGCUCCUCCUCCUCCUCCUCCUCCUCCUCUUCUCACCAUGCUCCCACCUCCUCAUCCUCUCGUCCCCACUCCGUUCACGACUCCGUCGACGCCGCGCUCCGCUCCCUCCUCUCCCCCCCCUCCCCCUCCCACCGCUCCCAAGCCCUCGCCCUCCUCCGCUCCACGCUCCUCCCCAAUCCCCCCUCGCGCCCCGACCCCUCUAUCGUCUCCAUCAUCUUCUCCACCCUCUCCGAUCCCUCCCUCCCCUUCGACGACGACGACGACGACGCCGCGUUCCGGCUCCUUCUCGACAUGGCCAAUCGCGGCGCGUUCCCACCCGACACCUUCCGCCUCACCCAGCUCGUCAACAAGCUCUGCCGCAGCGGCGUCGGCGGCGCCGCCAAGGGUUGGGACUUCCUCCGCGCCGUCACGGGCGCGGGCGGCGCCGUCGAAGCCCCCGCGUUCGACGCUCUCCUCGCCGGCCUCGCGAGGGACCGCGAUUUCCCCAAAAUGAAACAACUUUUCUCCGAAAUGUUGAACGCGGGCGUGCGCCCGAAUGUAGUCACGUACGCGAUUCUCGUCAACCACCUGUGCAAAUCUCGCCGCGUCGAUGAUGCGCUCCAGGUGCUUUACGUAAUGUCGAGCCCGGAAUCGGGCGUUGCGCCCGACACUGUCACGUUCAACACCGUCAUUGACGGGUUGUGCAAAGUGGGCCGGCUCGAAGACGGGCUCGCGUUGCUAGAUCGGAUGAGAACCCGCCAAGGGUGCGCGCCCAACACCGUCACUUACAAUAGCUUGAUUGAUGGGUUCUGUAAGGUUGGGGAUAUUGAUAUGGCUCAUGAGCUAAUGAACCGGAUGGAGCAUGGCGGAGUCCCUCCGAGUGUUGUUACACUUAACACACUCUUGUCGGGGAUGUGCAGGACCGGCCGGAUCGGCGGUGCCCUCGAAUUCCUCAAACAGAAGCGGCUCGCAUCAGCUGAGGUCAAACCCAACGCCGCGAGUUAUAGCAUUCUGAUUGGGGCUUUUCUCCACUCCAAUAAUGUGGGAAGAGCCAUGGAACUGUUUGAUGAAAUGGUUGAGAACGGGCAUUCACCGGACUCAGUUACGUACUUUACCAUUAUAUCUGGAUUAGCCCAAGUGGGGAAAUUGGAUGAUGCGUGUUCUGUCGCUUCAUCAAUGAGAACGGCCGGUUUCAAGCUCGAUACUAAGAGCUACAAUAUUCUGAUCAGUGGGUUCUGCAAGAAGAAAAGAUUAGAUGAUGCGCAUCAAGUGCUUGCUGAAAUGACUAAAGCCGGUCUUCGGCCCGAUGUGUUCACAUAUAACUCUUUGUUGGCUGCUCUGUGCAAGGCCGGGGAUUUCCCUGCUGUGAGUGAAUUCUUAAGAAAGAUGAUCGAUGAUGGUUGUCGGCCUUCCGUGGUCACUUAUGGCACUUUGAUACAUGGAUACUGUAAAGCUGGUAAUCUCGAAGAGGCACUGAAGAUAUUUGAAAACAUGGCUGAGUUUAAGGUGGAACAGAAUACGGUUAUAUACAAUAGCCUCAUCGAUUCUCUUUGCAAGAACGGGAACAUGGAUAUGGCCAUCUCCCUAAUGUAUGAGAUGCGGGAGAAGAGAGUUAGUCUGAAUGUUAUCACAUACAAUGCAUUGUUUAAGGGCCUCCGGGAGCGAAACAUGGCGGAUAAAGCCUUUGAAUUGAUGGAUCGGAUGAGAGAAGAGAGGUGCAGCCCUAAUUUUGUGACUAUGGAUAUUCUCACAGAAUGGCUUUCGGCAAUUGGCGAGACAGAGAGGCUGAGGUGUUUUGUGCAGGGAUAGGAGGCUACCGUCUCAGACAGGCAGUUAUUUGAAUGGAAAGGCUCUUGCAAUGGAGAUUCUGCAGUUUUUGAUGUAUUCACGGAGGGAAGAGUGGCCGAAAAAUGACUGGAACAAUGACGCUGGUUCUCUUCUUUGAAUGUAGGAAACGAGAAAUGUACAUCCUCUUCCGAAUAUCUUGUGACAAGGAUUAACAGAAGAGACUGGGAGCUGCUUCGUUGCUUUCUAUGUACAUCGACGAUAAAAGGUCCAUGCGCAUCAUACAAUUGGGGAAAAAAGAAAAAACAAGAUUGGUGUGGCACAGAGAACUUAGUGGCGGUCGUAUGGAUCAAAGAGACUUCAUUUGACUGUAUAUAAACCUAGGCGAGAUCGGAAUACGGUAUAAUACAGAGUUAAAUUGUUCUCUUUUUUUUUCGUUUUAGCAGAGAUUUCUAAUUUUUAGCAUGGUACAUCUUGUUCUACACUCCGAGUUGUGUCGAAAAUGAUUGCUUCCUUCAGUUAGUGCAAGUCCUAUUGUAAACAUUAUUCAUUUCUUUCACCAGAAAAUGUAUGAACAAGCAGCUUCUCGCGACUGCACUUUUUAGAGCUAGCGAUGCAGAAAUAGUUUGUUUGUACUCAAGUGUAAUUGGAGUACAGUGUAAUUGGAAUACAACCAUAUUAAUAAAUCAGGAAUGAAUGUUAAUAGCUAUCUUAUA